GCCCUUUACCAAACACGCUAUAUCAGAACCCCAAAAUCGCAAUUGCUCCCAAUUUUUAAAAUGCUGUCUGGAGGGGGAAAAGGAAAACAUGUUGGAGGAAAGGGAGGAUCUAAAGUUGGCGAACGCGGGCAAAUGUCCCAUUCGGCGCGUGCUGGACUCCAGUUUCCAGUUGGACGUGUAAGAAGAUUUUUAAAAGCGAAAACCCAAAAUAAUAUGCGAGUCGGUGCAAAAAGCGCUGUAUAUAGUGCUGCUGUUUUAGAAUACUUGACUGCUGAAGUUUUGGAAUUAGCUGGCAACGCUGCCAAGGAUUUGAAAGUCAAGCGUAUUACUCCCAGACACUUGCAAUUAGCCAUUCGUGGUGAUGAAGAAUUGGAUACUUUAAUUCGUGCUACUAUUGCUGGUGGUGGUGUUUUGCCUCAUAUCAAUAAACAGCUGCUGAUUCGUACAAAGGAAAAGUACCCCGAGGAAGAAGAAAUUAUUUAAUAAUUCUCAUCAUAAUGAAAAUUGCUUGGUCGAUUUGUUCCUUUGAUUUAGAUGAGAACUUAUUGUCUCAAUGUAAUUAUUGAAUUAUCAACGUCCUUAUACGAUGCACGCGUUUUCUCACGUUAUAUAUGUAUAUAUAUAUGGACUCCUUUAUUUAUAGAAUCUUGCAAAAAAAAACUUCCUUGAAUCAAUUUUGGUAUUCUAAACAAAAACAACUGGGACAAUUGUCUUUGGAAGCCCCCUGCUCCUCUGUUUCGUUUCUAUCUGCACGUUUUACUUAUCCUUCUGUCUUUAAUAUUACUACUAUUAUUUUUAUGCCUAACUGAUUAUAAUAUACUUCAUGUACGAUUCAUGAGUGAACUAUAUAAGAACUGAUUAUCGGCUGCUCGAUUUCGGUAGGAGGUGCAAUUUUUCGUCGGCCUACGUAAUGCCAUUGUACAAUAGAUUUAGUUAGCGGUGAAAAGAAUAGAUUUAUUGCUAAUCAAUAUAAAAGGAAGGACAGACGUAUAUUGAAUUUAGACAUCCCUGA